AUGUCGGAACAAGCUACUGCAACUGUAGGACGACCCUUGGGGGUUGUCAUUGAGCCUUACGGUCUCAAGAAUAUUGUCCUACGAUCGCAUGGCAGAUUCCCUUGGUACACGCAGGAUGGUCAGUUGAUCAGCCCUGCAUUUGUGAUUGGAGUAGCGGGUGGAAGCGCGAGCGGGAAGACUCAUGUUGCUAGGGAGAUCGUCAAAGCUCUAGGCCACAUUCCUUCUGUGGUUAUCAUGUCACAGGACAGCUUUUAUAAAGCCUUGACCACCGAACAGAGCAAGAAAGCAUUCGAUAAUAAUUACGAUUUUGACCACCCCUCUGCUAUUGACGUGCCCUUGUUCGCAAAAUGCCUAGAUGACUUGAAGCAGGGAAGGCAAACAAAUAUCCCCGUUUACUCAUUUUCUCUGCAUCAGCGUCUCUCUGAAACUCAAUACCUAUAUGGCGCGUCGAUUGUUAUCGCCGAAGGUAUCCUUGCCUUGAGUGACCCGGAGCUUCGCACUUUGUAUGAUUUGAAGAUAUUUGUCCAGUGUGAUAGCGACUUGAUGCUAGCGCGUCGCAUACAGCGUGAUGUUAAUGAAAGAGGUCGAAGUGUUGAGGGUGUCUUGCAACAGUAUCUGCGCUUCGUCAAGCCCUCUUAUGAUAACUUCGUGCUUCCAAGCAGUAAAUAUGCGGACGUCAUUGUACCUGGCCAGAAUAACCACGUUGCGAUCGAUCUUAUUACCACCCACAUCAGGAAGAAACUGGAUGAACGAUCUGUGAAGUUCCGGGAAACCAUGGCAAAGGCACAGAUGAAUCUUUGGAAGCAAAGAAUGACUCCAGGGACAGAGAAUCCGCCUGAGAUAACCGCACCGGAUGCCGGAAAGGAUGUACAUGUUUUGCCGCAGAGCCCACAGCUCAAGGGGAUCUAUACCAUGUUACGUGAUUUCAAGACCAGCAAGUCCGAUUUUAUCUUUUACGCUGAUCGACUUUCCACCUUGGUCAUCGAGAAAGCCAUGGAGUUCUUGCCAUUCCGUGAGAAGAUCGUACGAACUCCUGUUGAAGUUGAUGCCAUGGGCAAGGAGCUUGCCUUAAAAUCUGGGGCCAUACACGACCUUCACCAAGGUACAGGGGAACUGUGUGGGGUAUCCAUCGAGACUAGCGGGGGGCCGUUACGAAAGGGAUUAGAACGAGUGGUGCGGGAUUGCCUGUUGGGGACUAUUCUCAUCCAACGUGACGCAAAAUCGGGAGACCCAUUGCUUCUCUACUCCAGCAUUCCGUCCUGCAUUCGACUUCGCCCCCGUGCGGAGAAAACCUGGGUGUUCUUGUUGGAUACACAGAUCGUGACAGGCUCAGCAGCCAUGAUGGCGAUCAGGAUUCUUCUUGACCACGGAGUUCCGGCUUCUCAAAUCAUUUUCUGCACCUUUCUUGUGGCGGCAGAUGGUGGUGUGCACCAAAUCCAGAGGGCGUUCCCUGGGGUUAAAAUAGUUACUGGCGCAGUGGAUGGAAGGGUGGUGGAGGCUUGGAUAGACGAAGAUGUCAUUCAGGUGGGAUCCAACCCACGGCAAUCAGCGACUCGCAGGAAGGUUUGGAACCUUGAGCCUGGCAUGGGUCAUAUUGGAGAACGUUAUUACUGA